GUCGCUUACGGGUACAAAAUUGUCGCUAUUCGGCAUAAUUGGUAAACAAAAACAUCGAAAUUGGCUAUUUUUGAUAAAUUUUUGAGGAUUUACGGGUCCAUUUCCAUUAAAAUUGGUCAAAAUGGCUCCUCGUUCAUCAAAACGAUGUCGUUCGUGCAUGGCUGAGACAAAUUCUCGGAAUUUCAGUCCCGUAAACGAUGUUGCUUAUGAAUCCUUUACAUACAAAGCCUUAUUUGAGGAAUCCAUCGGUUUCAAAAUCCAAGAAUGGGAGCCACAGGUCUUCUGCAAAACUUGUACUUCAAUGCUCGUGUCAUGGAAAAAAUUUCGAGAGCAAUGUGAAACUGUUCAAAACGAAUCAAUGGUGCUUUUGACACCUAUAAAGAGAGAAAUUGAAGAAAAUUCAGUAAUUUCAAUCAAAAAAGAACCUCUCGACGACGACGAAUUCAUUCCCGCAUUAAAUGUAAAAACCGAAUUGAUCGAAGACAUCAUUCCGCCCGUUGCUAAAAAGCCCAAAAUUGAUGUUCUGAAGAAUGAACGCCCAAAGACAACGUUUACUUUUGAUGCCUUUAUCCGUAAUUACGUUAACGAGCCGUUAUCCAAAGCUGAACCUCUCGGAAAAUUCAAGACAAAAGUCACAAAUGCGGAUUAUGGACCCAUGUUGACGUGUUUCAAGCAAAUUUUGUGGUCUGCCAUCAAGGGACACAUCGUUCGCGAAGUUCGUUUUGACGAAAAAGGCGAUCCUUACAUCCACGAAGGCUAUCCGGGAUACGCUACGGUACGAGAUAUCCGCAAAUUCGUCGACUUGUAUGUGAAUGAUCAACUCCUGCCGCUUCGUGACGCCAAACAUCAACUGCAAAAUUGGAAAACCAAAGUCAUUACGUUGUACAUUUAUCCGCUUUCGAGUCAUAUUGUGACGAAAAGUGAUUGUGACAAGGCGAAAAAGUUCAUUGCGGAUACUUUGCCGUAUGAAACUCUCAUUUCGGAUUGCCCAUUUGUUGGAUGUCCUGUCGUAGCGAUCGCAUCUCAACUGGAAUCUCAUAAGAAAAUUUGUUCUUUUUCGCCGGAGCAUAAUGGAAUCAUUUUUUGCUGCUUGUCAAUUGGAUGUACAGUAUCUGUGGCAUCACGCGAAGCUCUCGUCCUUCAUUACGAAACGUGUCCUUAUAAACUGCUGAUGGAUCAUCGAAGACAAACGAUGAACGAAAAUAAAAUUCAGCCAACGACGGAAGUUAUUUUCGCCAAUUGUCCUUUUUCGGAGUGUCAUAACCCGAAACCGUCUAAAAAAAUUAAAGAAAAGAAGAAAGAAAAGUAAUUUUAAGUCAGUAUUAAUAAUAAAAUUCGUUAUAAGUUCGUUCAGAAUCUCAGGAAAACCCCAAUUUUGAGACGAAUGAAAGUGAUACAUCGUCAAGUAUCAAAACAAACACAUUCGCGCUAACAAUAAAAGUAUUUUUUUCUAACAAAAAACUGAAAAUUUCCAUUGAAAAAGGCUUCUAAUGAAUAUUUUUACGUUAAAAUAAGGUCUACUGCCAUCAAAUACUCACGAAAAUGGAUUUAUUAGAACGAUGUCGAUCUUGCAAGACUUCCUCCAAAGACAUCGAUUAUCAUGGCAUCAAUACAAAAGCCUCGGAAUCAUUUACGUUCAAGGAAAUAUUCGAAACUUCCAUCGGAUAUCCCAUUCUCGACUGGGAACCUCAAGAAUUUUGCCAUAAUUGUGCCCAAAAACUCAUUGAAUGGCAGGAAUUCAAAGAUUUGUGUGAACAAACACAAGUUUCAUUAUUCACGACGAUCAAAACUGAGCCGGAAUUGGAUUUGGAAUUAGAACCGGGAGAAAUUACAACAACUACGAACAAUAUUUCGGAUGAAAAUUUAAUUCAAAACGCUAAAUCAGAGUCUGAAGAACAAAUUUUAGAUGAAAAUUCGAUCAAAAGUGAAGAUGAAAGUACAAAUGACGCCACAGUACCUUUGAAUAUCGAAGAAAAAUACAGAACAAGAAGAAGACCGCGAGUGAAUGGCGAUGUUUCAGUCGAUAUCAAACUAGAAAUGUACAUCAGAUAUUACAAAGAAGAAAAAUUAUCGGAAAAAAGUUUCAUUGGCGUCACACAAAUCAACACAACGCUCGAAAAAACGAUGUUUUCGUUCAAGACUCAGUUGUGGAUGCUGAUUAAAGACCAUCUGAUACGGGAAAUUUGCUUUACAGACCAACACGAACCUAAAUGGGCUUCCAACAAGGAAGUUGUUGACUUUGUGGAUAUGGCGAAAUUCAUUGAAUUCAAUUACAGAUACUCCACGUAUAGCCUUGACGUGUUAACGAACAAAAAUCUGCAAACUUGGGACGAGAAACAGAUAAUUUUGAACAUUUAUCCAUACUCGACAUCGAUCAAAACGAAGCCCGAAUGGAUCAAAGUGACACAAAAACUGUUCAAAUUUCAAAAAAUGAGUAUAGAGAAGAAACCGGAACCAAUAAUACCUUCAAAUUCGUCAAAUUCAAAUAUUAUCAUCGAAAAUUCGUCAAAAAAUGCGCAAAAACGUCGCAUUGUCCUCACAAAAGUCCAAAUUUUCAAACCACCGAAAGUGAGAAAGGUUGAAAGCGUUUCAAAAACUGCUCAGGAAGACCCAUCUUACAAGCCUCUCGUGUUCGAGGGUUACGUAUUCAAUUAUACAUCACAACCGUUGUCCGAAGCCAAGUACAUUGGACAAGUGAAAUUCAAUAAGGUGCACAACAAAAAUAAUUUCAAGCAAAAAAUGUGGUUGUUAUUGUGUAAUUUUGUGAUAUCUCCGAGAAUGUUCAAGCCUAACGAAUAUCCGUUUCCGGAGAAUUUCCCUGCAUAUCACGACGUUUCAGAGUUUGUGCAGUUCAAAAUGCCCGGAGUUGACGAACAUUUCCUUUGGAAUGCCGUUCAGAUGAAUACUUUGGAGUUAUGGAGACAGAGGAACAACGUUCAAAUUUAUUUUUAUCCCUUUUCGAAUGACGUCAAGACAGAAGAUGACUAUGAAAGAAUCGUUAAAUGCUUCUUAGAUCCCGACGAAGUUGAAAAAAGGAUCGAAAAAGUGUUUAAGUUGAAGAAAAAUGACGUCGUCGAAGACAUCGUUGAACCUGAAGUCAAAAUAAAAAUCGAAAAUGAUUAAAAAUUUGAAUUUUCAUGAACG